AUGUCUCGACUUAAAUUUGGAUUUAUUUUGUUAACUGUGAUACUUUUGUGUAAUGGAGAAGAAGAGCAAGAAUCGACAGGGGUAAGGAAAGAUGUUGAUGAUGCGGAUAGACCGAAAGCCUCGGGAACGGGAGGCGGAUGGGAGAAAACGAGACUUCUCUUCUUGGACUACACAUUCCGAGGUGAAUCUAUGAUCUAUGAUGUGAUCGAGAACAAGAAAAACGCGCAAUCAACAGUGAUUGAAGCAAAGUACACCUGGGAAACCCUUCACCAUGAUCAGUUGUCCUCCGUGUUCAGUCGAAUUAAGUUUGUCGAAUGUAUCUCUGGCCCAUGUGGAGACGAGUUUGACGACGUUUACAUCAGCUUUGUUCAAGGCGGCAACAAUAUCGAAGAGGUUUAUAUGGAUCUGAGCGGAAAACCUGAAGGCUAUGUGCCGAAAUGGAAUUUCCUUCUUGGAAUCGCUAACAUUGUCUAUACGCCGGCAAUUGGUGGAGAAGGAGACUCGCAAUUUGUGGAUUCUCCCUAUGGACCUUGUCAAUACACUUUUGGUCGACCAGAGGAUAAAAAAUUCCGUCGAAUCGUCGGUGGAUGUGAACUCACAGGGAAAUACAACUAUUCCCGAUUCGAUGGCCUUCAAGUGACAAAGUACACACAAGAUGUGCUUUACAUUCAAAACGUGAAACUCGACGCGGAUAUUGUGGUGAUUGAGGCGGUCGAAGAGUUGACAAUGAGAAGCCCAAUCAAUAGGAAUUGGGGAUUCGCGGCUGAGAGUCGAGUUCGCAUCGAGAUUUUGAACCGAACGAAGCUCUAUGUUGAUCGUCACUGUGAUAUGGAUAGUCUUGUUGCGGAUUGUGCACUAAACGUCUUUAAACUCACAAAAAUCUCAAAAACGAAAUAUGAAGGAAUACAACUGAUGCCACCAAGAGAAAAUAAGUUCGGCGAGAUUGUUCACAAAUAUCGAGAGCAUCUUUAUGAAAUGGGACAAACACACACAUGCCAAGAGCAUUCAAGGCUUUAUUCCGAUCUAUUGAAAGAAGCUCUCUCAGCAAGUGAACAAGAUUUCGUUGAGGCAAUCAGAGCUCCAGAUAAUGAACCGGUUUUAGCUGCGAUCGGAAAUGCUCUUGGCUCGGUUGGAAACGUCGAGAGCCUCAAAAUCGCUAAGGAGUUUUUAUUGAUCGAAUCACCAGAAAGCCUUGAUCCGUUCUUGUUCGGUGUUGCGAAUGCUGUAAGAAAUGAUGAGAAAUGGCAUAAACAUUUGAUGUAUUGGUUGGUCGAGGAAAAAGAUGCUGGCCACGUCGAGAAUUAUCGAAAAAUCGCGAACUCGAUGGCGACAGUUUUGAAGAAAAGAUGUGAAGCGACGAUGGGGAAUAACAAUGCUUGCGAGAAAGGAAAUGAUAAGGUAUUAAACAAGUUCCUCUCCGUGCUCUCUGACACAAAAAGCGAUGAAGACGUUGAGCAUGCUUUAUUGACUUUGGUGAAUCUACCCUAUACAGACUCUUACACCUAUGCCCGGAAAUUCAUUUGCCUUGGAAGAACGGAGGGAAUUGAACAAGCCGCGCUACAAGUGCUCACCCGCAUACCAGCUAAAUUCUACGAUUCACAGGUGAUUCGAGCUGUGGUGAAUGUUUUCCGUGACACUUGCCCCACUCCCACAAAUCUUCAUCAAGCAAAGCUGGCAGUCGAUAUUUUACUUGAUUCCGUUUUGGACCAUCAAAAUGCAGCUACUCUAUUGUUGAGAGGUGAAAAUCAAUGGUUGAGAGAUGAGGAGAGAUGGAGCUAUUUCUAUAAAGCUUGUCAAGCGAGUCGGGUGAAAGAUGAAAAUAAAGACGUGAUUUGGAAACAAAUGCGAGCAUUUAAAGUGUUUCGUCCAAAUUGGAAUCAAAGAGCUCUCACGGGAAAGUCUCUAGGAUUCUAUUCAGAGAUUGGCGAAACAACUGGAUAUUUCUCUGAAAUCGAGACUUCAUCUCUUUAUUCGGAAGGGAUUUUUCAGGGAUCAAGCCUGAAAAUCGGAUUGGCAAAGAAGAAAAAGAGGGACACAUUGUUUGAGCUGGAUGUUCAAGGAACCGGUCACGACUCAAUACUCCGAAGCGGCACUCAAGCCUCAACCCCCAGUUCAAUCACCCCGAAAAUUGAUGUCCGAAUGGGCAUUCUUGGACACAAAAUGCCCAGGGCUCGUAUCGUGGACGGUGACGGUGAUUUGAUGGCUGGCGUUUGGGGAGCCGAUGGGCACACGAUUCAAGGAUUUGAGGGAAACGCACCGAUUCGUGCCUAUGAGAGCACGCUUCCACUUCUCUCUGGAUUGACUUUACAUAUCAAUUCGCAUGGUUCGAUGAACGCGAAAGUGUUUGGCUCUUGUGAGAUCUCUUUAUGGAAUCGAUUAUCAGAGACGCAUAUUGAUGUCAAUGUCUCUCUUUCUUUCGAUGUUGAGGCAACUCUAUUGGCGAAUGGGAAACCGAUUAACUCUGUGAUCUCAAAGUAUUCGACAGUCUCUUCAGUCGGCAGUGUGACCGAUGUGGACUUCUCAUCAGUUCCUCCACUCGCUUGUAUGCAAACCUCGCGACAGAAAACCCCAAUCAGUUUCGCAGUCACUCUCGAGGAUCAUGUGAAGAAAGCAAGAAAAGAAAGACAAAUCAUUGACAAGCGAAUUUCAUCGGAAACAUAUCCAAUGGCUGAUGGAUUGAUGAAUGAUUGUAAUGAGCAUCGAAACAGAAAUGAUGAUCCAUCAAGACAUCAACAACCUAGGGAAGAGUUA